AUGGUGGAGGCCGAUGCGUGGGUCGCCAGGCUGCCUGUACCCCGCGGAAAUGCACAGGAGACUGGCGAGACGUCGGUGCCGCUCCCUGCUGACGUUCUUCGUGCCGCGUACCGCCUCGACACACCGUGCCUCUGUCGCCACACUACGGCACGCAACCGCCUCGUGAACUGCGUUGCAUCGCCCCGUUGCUUUGCAGGGUUCCGGGACCUUGCAACCAACACCACUGUGCUCAACGAGUGCGUGGCGGACAUCAUGGGCGAGGGACCCGCGCUGCUGCCAGCGGAGGCUGGCAACCCCGUCGUGGAGGACGCCUCGAACACGUUGGUAUGCGCGAAGUUGCUCAUGCCACGUCGGGGCAUACGAAACCUGGGCAACACGUGCUACCUCAAUGCCAUCCUGCAGCUCCUCUUUUAUAUUCCGAGCGUGCGACGCGAGGUGUUAUAUGCCUGCGCCGAGGCCCCUGCAGUUGUGGUGCCACAUUCGUACGAGGUAUCCGACGACGCGACGCAUCGAACAGAUAAAAAAGAAGAGACUGAAACGGAGGAAGAAGGGUCGUGGCCAAUGACCCACGUUCUACAGGCAUCUGGCUUGGGGGAACUGUUUGCGGAGAUGGCUCUCACCUGCGACGCCACUGGGGCCAACGCACAGCACUUUGCCGCCUUUCUCUCUCUGGACACACAAAUCCAGCAGGAUGCGCAGGAAUUCUUUGCUUUGUUGCUCAGUUGGCUACAGCAUGAGGGCGGAGAGGCGGUGACGCGGAAUUUUGAGGGGACGCUUCUGUAUGACCGUCGGUGUGGCAACUGCCAACGCCCUUUUAAGCGGGCAGAGCCUUUUUUUUUUCUCUCACUCCCCGUGAAGAGCUCCGUGGAGGAGGCACUGAGCACUUUUUUGCGAUCGGAGGAGGUGGAGGGGUUUAUGUGCGAUGGGUGCAACCUCACCACCACGGCGUCCUCGCAUCAAUACCUUCGAACCCUGCCGGAGGUGUUUGUCAUGCACCUUAACCGCUUUACGUUUGACACGCAAACACUGCGGAGGGAGAAGAUAACACGACCCGUCAGCUUUCCACUUCAGUGGGACCUGGCGGAUUACACCAACCGGUGGCGGCAGGAUCAGGAGCUGCAGCAACAGGGGAGUGAACUGAGUGACUCUCACAUCACCGCAAUCGAAGCCUGUGAUGCAGCGCACUAUGAGCUUAUAGGCGUCGUGAAUCACAUUGGCGACACCGCCGUGUCAGGCCACUACACCUUCCACGGCAAGGUUAACGCGACGGAAGGGUGGUACCUCUUUGACGACGCCGAGGUGGCAAAGCUGCAUCAUCGGUUUCAAGGCAUGCGGGCCUCCUCGAAGGAAGCCUACAUGUUGGUCUACCAGCGCCGCCCGUGUGAGAUGACGACUGCAGACGCGCGGGCCAACGUUACGCGGCUGUCUGACGAGGUAGUGGGUGAAGAGGUUCCUCCCGUUACGUUGCCGCUGCGCUUGCUAAAGCACGUGCAGUGCCUAAAUCAUGAAUUGGAAGUACGACGGCAAGCGUGGGAGAUGCGUCGCGCCGAGGUUGCGGCCUUUCUGCAGCAAUGGGGAGAGCUCGCCCGAAAGCUUUUUGGGGGGGGCACAGGUAACACCACCACCUCUGCCACCAAAAAGAAAACGGAGGGUGUGCCAGGCAGCAGUGACUUGGCGGAGUUCUUUGCGUUGCCCUCAAGUUGGCUGUACCUGCUUGGUCGUGGGUUUCUGCCGUCGUACGUGGACGUGCGGCGGCACAACGAUGGCGAGAAGCGAAAAAAACGGCUGCGAAACACCCCGGGUAGCCAUCUGGGACUCGAUGACAUUAUGGGAGGUGAUAUCGCAAAGCUGUCAUUGUUGCCGAAGACUGAGCUGUGCGAGGACGCAGACGGUGCAGCCUUCACUGCACCGAUGGAUGACGAAGCCACCGUGCGACGAAGCGGAGGAUCUGUAGAAAUGGCCAUGGAGGGAAACCUCCUGUUUGAGGACUCUCCGCGGGCUCUGCUGUUGUCACACAUGGAGGCCCUCCGCUGUCCACACGGCAUGUUGGCCCCUUGGAGCCAGUACAAACUUGUGCCCUCCGCGCUAUCAGCGGAGUUGGCGUCACUUCUGAACACCAUAUCUUCGCUCUCCACAGCGUCCCCGAGUGCCAACGAGGCCUCCUCCUCCAGUGUCGGCUGGCGCUUCAGUGACUAUGCCUGUGAGGCUUGCACAAGAGCCAUGGGGGCAGAGGUGCUGCAGCUGAAGCAGUCAUGGGAGGAGGAGAGGGCGGCUUUGGCGUUGUUAAGUGGUACGCAGGUUGCACUGAAUACUAGCUCCGGCGGCAACUCCAUGGACACGAAGAGCGACCCAGAUGUGCGCAGAGAAGACGACAACCAAGAAGAGUCCGCGGUGUAUGUGAGCAAAGGUGUGAUGGAGUUCUGGGAGGACUCCCGUACGGCGCAUGCCAUGUGGAAGGAAGUAGUGAGCCGUCAGGGCUUCACCGGACUCGUCGUCGCCGCCUCGCGCAUGCCGACGGCGGCGGUCGAUCAUAGUAAUGAUAAUGACGCUCCCAGACCUUUGUUACCGGAGUGUGGCAUACUCCUCUGUGAGCAUGGCCUGAUAGCGCCAUCUGCGGCAGUGCAGGCUGUUCCUGCGGCUGUUUGGCGUUACCUGCGCGAGCGCGUCGUACGGCCGCUCUGCCCCGGCGACGACACCAUCGCGUCGCUUGAGCGGCUAUUGCCGUAUCUUCCAGUGGAGCGGGCCCCCAGGUGCCCCACCUGCAUUCAGGGCACCGUCAGCUUGACGACGCAGCGCCAUCAUGCGAGGAUGUCAAAGAUUGAUGAGGCGAAGCGGUUCCCCACGCUGGCGGCUGCUGCACAAAUCCUCUCCAUGACGCAGGCGGAGAUGCAGGAACAACACCCGAAUCGGCUGGUGUGGAAGAGGAACCUCGAACGCCUCUACCGUGACCAUCACCGUUCGUGGGAAAAGAAGCAGGCUGCCGCAAUUGCCUCUCUCGAGGCGCAGGUUGCGGCACUCACACAAGCGGAAGAGGCGGAGAGGCGGGCUGCGGCGGCAUGGGAGGCCAGGUGCAUGCGUCGAGGCGGACACAGAAGGCGAGCCAAAGAUGCCAGCAGCUCCACCGUCACACAGGGCGCCUCACAGCUAGCCCCGUCCCUCCCUGCGGCUGCUACGCCACUGCAGCAGGCGGAGGAGGCACUCACGGCUGCACGUGCCGCAGUAUGCCCGGAUUUGUGUCACAACUAUGGCUGCAUCCCGAUGGAGUGGGUGGUGCACUGGCGGCGCUGGUUUAUGGACGUGGAUGGCGUCCUCGCACCCCCGCCUCGAAUGCAUCACGAGGCCCUGCGCUGCCCACACGGCGGGACAAUACUUCCCUCCCACCUCCUCAACCCGGCGGACCCAUUUUGGGAGACGAAGUCUGUUGCCAGGCACCUCGUGCAAAUCCUGCGUCAACGUUCCACCGCUACCGCCCGCAAUGCGGCUUGCGAAGUCAGUUCGCUGGACGAUGACAACUUGUCGUUGCUUCCGCCACUGCUGCUGCUGCCUUUGGCUGAGUUUAUAGACGUCCUCGAGACAUAUGGGGAGUCUGGAAUGCUUUUGCCCCCGUCUUCUUCAGGAGACAAGAACACAAAUGAUCUCCUGUGCAGGGUGAAUCCGGGAACGACGACUCUAUUUGUGGAGCGAAACACGGACCGUGACUUUGCUCCACCCACCUGCGAAAAUUGUGUGGCAGCGCUUCUUGAAGAAAUUAAGGAAUCCUCACGGUGCUUUUUCAAAGGCUCGCUGAGACUGCAGCUGCGCCUUCGACGCAGUCGGAAGAACUUUUACGAAGCCAGUGACGUGCUUCGAGACCUGCAUCACACCACUACUCUGGGAGAGCUCAAGCAGGCCAUCUCGCGGCUGGUGGCGGAAAACCAUGGCUUUAUGCUACCUCUGCAGGAGAUGGAGCUUCUCCGCGGGCGCAAGCCACUCCGCAUUCAGCGGCCGCACACUGUGGAGAGAAACGGCUCCAACCCACAGUCUUCUGGUGCUGAGAAUGCUGCAGCUCCUUUGGUCAUUGACGCUAACGUGACGCCGGCGUCGUCGCAGUUCGACGAGGACGAUGGUACGCUGUUUGACUACGGUCUCAGAUCUGGCGACGCACUGACAGUGAAUGCCACAGAACGCGUACUGGCGAAGUUUGCAGAUACCGUGCAGGAGCCUGAGGUGUGGGAGGACGUGCCGGCAGAACUGCUCCAACCGGUCCGAGAGAGCGCCACUGCAUUUGGUGCGACACGGCUCCACGGCGCUGUCAGCGUCUCCCAACAGCGCGGUGGCACAGCUGCUUCUGUCGCUGCGGAGGCCAAGGCGGAGGUUGCUUGUGACGUCUGCACCUUCCUCAACGUGGCAGGGCGGGUUCGAUGUGAGAUGUGUGAGACCCCUUUUAAGCGGUAG